UUAAGCCUGAAUCUUUUCCGCAAUAGAUUUUUACCCUCGAUGGAAUCUCGGGAGCAAACGACAGCGAGGGGCUAUAACUGCGACAAAGAAGAAAAUUUCGGUAGAGCGAGUGGGAAGUCCAGCGGUGGAGAUGGACAAGCUAUUCUCCCUAUUUUCAACCUCAACCGGUAGAAGUUCGUCGGCGCCGGCGGCGACGGUCACCUCCAUCUUUAUAUACCCGAUCAAGUCUUGCCGAGGGAUCUCGGUUCCUCAGGCUCCCAUCACCUCUACUGGCUUUAGGUGGGAUCGCCAGUGGAUGGUCGUCAAUUCAAAUGGGCGAGCACUUACCCAAAGGGUGGAGCCAAAACUUGCUUUAGUUGAACCAGAGCUUCCACCAGAUGCCUUAGAUGUCAACUGGAUGCCUUCAGAUAGUUCAUAUAUGGUAUUGAGAGCCCCUGACAUGGAUCCAUUAAAGGUUUGUCUUACUAGAGCGUGCAAUGUGGUAGAUGGAAUAUCUGUGUGGGAGUGGGUUGGCUCGGCAUUGGAUGUAGGAGAUGAAGCUUCUAAAUGGUUUACGAAGUACCUUGGAAAGCCAAGCCGUUUAGUGCGUUUUGAUACUUCAUUAGAAAGCAGAUUUGUAGAUCCCGAUUAUGCUCAGGGAUACACAGCUAUGUUCAGUGAUGGGUUUCCUUAUUUGGUAAUAUCCCAGGGAUCUCUUGACUUAUUGAAUGAGCUUCUGAAGGAACCCUUACCCAUCAAUCGCUUCAGACCAAAUAUUUUGGUUGAUGGAUGUGCACCAUUUUCAGAGGACCUCUGGAAAGUGACAAAGUUAAACAACAUAGCAUUUCAUGGAGUGAAGUUGUGUUCCCGCUGUAAGGUGCCUACCAUAAAUCAAGAAUCUGGAAUUGCAGGCACUGAACCCACUGAAACUCUGAUGAAGUUCAGGACGGACAAAGCUCUGAAAAGAGAAAAAAUAAACAAAGCAAAGGUGUAUUUCGGAAUGAAUUUUGUGUGUGCGGAGAGCCUUUCAGCAUCAACAAUGAAGGGGAAGGUUGUCAAGAUUGGAGAUCCGAUCCAUGUACUCCAAAGGUACGCUUCCCAUGCUGAUGCUGCAGCUUGAAGGUUAAUAAGGUGCUUUGACUGGAGCUUCAAAUUAAGAAACUUUAGCUUUUUAGUAUUACAAUGAAAAUAAUGAUCAUGCGUUUGAGCUUCUGUAGACUCUAGUACUGUCUCUUAAUUUCCUGUAAUUUCACUUGAAUGAAAGAAAUUUUUUUUCAUCAGCAGUAUAAGCAGCAAUAUAAGAAUUUGUUUUUAUGGGGAA